UUGCAAGUUGCCGCGGAACUAUCGCCAUUCAAACUGGCCGGGUCGAUUGCAAGUGAUGAUUGAAGUCGUGGCGGGUUGCACCUAAUGCUCACGGAUCCGUCAAUGACGGAGGCAAUCCCAAACGGAUGACUGUAAGGGACUGUCAUUUAGGGCGCAUCUUCGGUUCAUAGCGCUCUGAACAAUAUCAAUGGAGACCGGUUGAUCACAGCUAAUGAAGCUGUACGCGGUUGCUACUGGACUCAAAGCGUUAUCACGGGUGUCUUGUGCGUGUCCUGCUGGUUGCGGUAGAGAGCGUAAUAGUCACCAUACAAAUCUGGGAGUGUUUCCAGGGCCCUUUGGCAGCAUUCUUCAGUGGUUCCAAUUUCCGGUGGGACCGGUUGCCUACGUCGUCGAAUUAGUGUAGAAAUUGUUCCUUGCCAUAGCCAACAACAACCAAAUUCUCGUCUCCUGUGAGCCUCAAGAUAAAAAUUUCAUUCUUGUCUCUGUCUCUGGUUCAAACGAGACUGGACCGACCACUUGCUUGGGUGUACUGCAAGGCAGGUUGGUUUGGCUCGUAUCUCACCCGCUCCGCUACCCAGCUCCGAGAUCAUAUGCUUGCCUUUUGAAUUUCUUUUUGAAACGGCAAUCAAGUGCGACCUCAGUAAAUCACGGUGUACAGACACUCAUAUGCGCUGCUGUCCAAGUCUUCUGAUAUCAUGUAUCAGUUCGUACUCGUUGAGAAGCAAGAAUCUUGCUGCUAAAAUGAUCAUUGUAUCAAAAGUACAAACCACGAACUGACACAGUGGGAUGCAACAAUGUCCAAGACCAGGAAGCAAUUUGACUUGCGCAUGUCUAGGAACCUCUAGUACACUGUAUGUGAAGACCGUC